AUGGGUGGAGUGAGAGGCGAAAAGGGCAUACUGAAGCUGGUACGUCCGGGAGGUAUUGUUGAUCAGUAUAACCAUCCUAUAACAGCAGCUCAAGUAAUGGAAAGAUACCCACGACACUGUGUCACCAGACCUGACAUUUUCGAGUUUCCAUGGAUCGUUGUUAGACCUGAGUCCGUCCUCGCUCCGGGUCGGGUAUUCUUUGUAGUUCCCCACCACACAAUUCUUCGCUUGCUUCAAUCUAAAGGACCACGGCCACCAACUGAAUCUUGA